GCAUUGAUUCUAGAAGAGUAGUUUCAUCUAUUACAGAAAUUUGAUUCGAUCCUCCACUUCUUGAUACUAAUCCCCAUUGCACUGAUUCUAGAAGCGUAAUCGGCGUUUCCAUUCUCGACGCUGAUAUCCAUUCCAUCGAUUCUCAAAAUACAAGAUGUCCGUUCCUUCCCAGAUGAAGUGCCUGGUCAAGGAGACGGAGAAGGAAGGAUACGACUUGGUAACCCGACCUGUGCCCAAGGCUGGCCCUGGUGACGUCAUCAUCAAGAUCGAUAAGGUAUCAAUUUGCGGGUCUGAUAUCAACCUCUGGAAAUGGAAUGAUGUUGCAAAGGUCAUUGCAACAAUUCCCUUUAUACCAGGGCACGAGGCGACGGGCGUCGUGGCUGCAGCCGGCGAGGGAGUCACGGAGCUGCGCGCCGGGCAGCGCGUGGCGGUGGAAAACCACUUCUACUGCGGCUCCUGUUACCUGUGCAAGGAAGCGCGCGGCGACAUCUGCCAACGCAUGGACCAGUACGGACACGGCCGAGGAACCGACCAGGGAGGCUGCUGCCAGUUCUCCCGCGUCCCUGCUCGCUUCUGCUACGCCCUCACGCGCGACCUGACCCCUGACCAGGCCGUCCUCCUCGAGCCGAUGGGAGUUGCCCACAACGCCGUUGACAGCAUCGACGUGAAGGGCGAGGACGUGCUGGUGCUCGGCUGCGGCCCCGUCGGCCUCUUCGCGGUCGCCGUGGCCAGGGCGCUCGGUGCCCGGGCAGUGUAUGGCGUGGACGUCUCGCCCGCGCGCCUCGAGCUGGCCAAGCAGAUGGGUGCCACUCGCGUCAUCAAUAGUGCCAAGGAGGACAUCAUGUCGACCCUCAUGUCCCUGACCGACAACAAUGGCGUCGGCCGCAUCGUCGAGGCCAGCGGCGCCGCCACGCUCCUCAACCAGUCUUUCUCUUGGCUAAGGAAGGGAGGACAGAUGGUGCUGAUAGGUAUACCUAAGGGGCCUCUACAUGUGGAGAAUGUUCUAACAGAUGUCGUCUUUAAAUCAUUGACUCUCAAGACUGUUCAUGGGCGAAGGAUCUUCCACACCUGGCAAGAAUGUGAGAGGCUCCUGGCUGAUGGUCUAGUGGAUGCAGCCCCUGUGAUUUCCCAUCGCCUCCCUAUGAGCCAAUUUGAACAUGCAUUUCAUGAACUCAUUAACGGUGCUGCAUGUAAGAUCAUCCUCGAUCCUCAAAACUGAUAAUUCAGGCAUUUACUAAAUAAAGAAUACACACAAAAAUUACAAUGAUAUUACUAUAGACCAAUACCUCCACUUUCUGGCUCUGAACCUUUGUCCUCUAUCUGACUGAUUGUCCAUAAGAAGUAUGUAACUCUAACAUUUAUUAUUUUACCAUAGAGGUUCACUCCUAUAACAUGAAGAAUACAUAAAUAAAUUACCCUGGUUGUUGUUACUCUGUAUCACUACUCAAAAUCUGGAGAUCUAUGAUUUUAGUUCUUGAUAAGAUAAUGAUUAAAGAUGGGGAGGGGAUUUAAAGAGUUAAUGUCCAAUGAAGUAUCACCUGUAUUAAAAAAAUAGAAUGCCAGUUUACAUAAUUUUUCGGUACAUGAUGAUAGUGACACACUCCUUCCAAUAUGUUCUAACAAUAUCAAGUCCAUAAUCUAAAGGCUAGUUUGGUGAGCAACAUAAAGUUUGAUUUUGAGAACACAAAGUGAAUUCUCUUUAACAAUGCAACUUUUUUUUUAACUUACCUGGAAAAACAUAGCAACACAUAUUGGCAUGUAUCACUAACUGCAUUAUUGUAAGUUACUUUUAAUGAAUAAAUGGACUGAGUGAU